AUGGCCUGCACCGCUCGGUCAUUAACUCGCUCCGCGGGGGCCCUGGCCCGUCGGGGCCAUGGGUUUCUUGCUACGCGAUCAUUCUCGAUUUCACCGUUUCGCUACGUUCAAGAGGACCCGGUCAUUCCUCCUCCUCCCCGAGAACUACGUGCGGAGGAGUAUCCGCCUAUGCCCGAAUAUUCGCCCGACCUGCUCAGCAAGGAAGAGCGCUCCAUGUACGAUAUGAUGUCUCCCGAGGAGCGCGCUGAGUUCGACGCCGCGAACCGACGCGCCGUGGCCGAUUUCAACGACCCCGAGAAGCGUGCGGCCGCAUUCGCAGAGCUCGAGAAGAGCGUCAAUCAAAUUGAGAAGGAGCAAGACCUUCGAUUCGAGGAUGUCCGGGAAAAGCAGCGGGGUUUCUGGGCCGAAGACGAGAACGACGAAUUGGCCUUGGUGGAGGACGGUGACGAAGAGAUCAACGACGACGAAAUCACCUCGACCGCGCACGCGCAGAUGGAAUUGCAGCGCGAGCUGCGCGAGUAUGCUCGUAUCACGGCAUGGGACAUGCCAAUGCUGAGCAAACUCGCCAAACCCUUUACCUUGCCCUCUGAAAACCAAAUCCUCCGCUUCCGGUACACCACCUAUAUGGGCGAGCAGCAUCCCGCUGAGCCCAAGGUUGUUGUUGAGCUUGCCUCCCGCGAUCUGGCCCCCAAGCACCUCACUGAGGCCCAACGCCAGACCUUCCUCAAGCUCGUCGGCACCCGCUACAACCCACAGACCGACAUUGUUCGGAUCUCUUGCGAGCAGUUUGGCUCCAGUGCCCAGAACAAGCGCUAUCUGGCUGACCUUAUCAAUUCCCUGAUCAAGGAGGCCAAACAAGGUGAUUCAUUUGCUGAUGUGCCGCUCGACCUCCGCCACCACAAGCCCAAGAUUCGUCCUCGAUUCCCCGAAUCCUGGAACAUGACAGAGGCGCGCCGGCAACAGCUCGCCGCUCGCCGUGCCGAGCGAAUCGGUGCCGAAAGAGAGCGGGACGCUGUCGAUGGUAACUUGAUCGUCUCGCAGGCCAUUCAGUCGCUCCCUUCACUGAACCCGGCCCUCCGGGCCCACGCUACAGAGGAGCGGGAGCGUGUUGCUGUCAAGGUUGGAGCUCGGGGCGCCAAGAAGCAAUCCCGCCGGUGA